AUGUAAGAAUGUACUGCUUGGAACAACCACCGGGUACAUAUCUGGAUUAUAGUUUAAAGUAUUCAACUAGCUCUGGACCACCUUUUAAUACUCGAUACCCAGCCUACAGGGAUGUUAGAACAAGAUUUCUGUCGUUCAAUGACGCUCCCCAUGACCUUCUUAAAAUGGCGAAUGUUUUGUCUGAUGCAGGAUAUUAUUAUGAAGGUUAUAAUAGGAAAACCUCGUGUUUCGCCUGUGGAGUUCAAAAAGACAAUUGGUCUGAAUGGGACAAUGCUUUGGAAGAACAUUUUAAAGACAAUCCAAUCUGUUGGCACGUGUUAUUGAUGAGACAAAAACUGGAGUUGGAAAAUCGCUCUUAUGAACCUGUCCAUAGAAAUAAAAAAUUAGUUUCCACCUCGCGAUUUCCUGAAUACGCAACAGAAAAGUUACGUACAUCGUCCUUUCAAGACUGUAAAAAUUAUCUUUCACAAAAGGCCCCAGAAAUUGCAAAAUCUGGAUUGUACUAUAAAGGCUUUGAAAAGAAAGUGCAAUGUUUCCAUUGUGGAAUUGUUAUGUCCAUCGGCGUAAAUGACGAUCCAACUGAAAAACAUUCACGUUUAUCUCCAGACUGUGAGUUUCUUCGUCAUGAAGUACAAACAUUGAGUGAAGAUGCGGAUAGAAUAAGAAAUCAGUUACUCUGUAAAAUCUGUCUUAAUUCUCAAGUAAAUGUCACUUUCCGACCAUGUGGUCAUCUGGCCACUUGCCAAGACUGCGCCGAUCAAUUACAGUCUUGUCCAAUUUGCAGGAUGCGUAUUUCUGAAAAAGUGAAAACAUAUUUCUAAAUAUUUUUUCCUAAAAUUAGACUUUGUUUUAUUGCUCUGGGUGUUAGAUUUAUAAGAAACAAAAGAUUAAACGAAUCUUGUAGUCAUGUAUAUAGAGGAUAUUCAAUGUUUAUUGUUGGAUAUGGAAUUUAUUUCAGGACAGGAUUUUUUGAAAUUUUCACGAGUGAGAAGCACCAAAAAAAAAAAAACUAUCUCACGAGUGAAAUAAAUUCCAUAGCUAACUACAAAACAUUGAAUUUUCUGUUUAUUACAUUUUCUUUGAUUUCUCUCUGCUCUAUCUUUUCUUAACUCAGUGUCAUAGGCUGUGACGUCAUAGCUGAGCGGUUGAAAUGUCAAAGCUUAGCAUUUGUGAGAUUGAAAACAUUGUAACAUGGAUUUGGGAGGACUAUCUCUAUCAAGAU